UUUUCUGCAGAAAAAAAAUCUUGGUUUCUUGGUUUACAUUAAGCAGAAUAAUGCCAUAAAGCUCUACUAAAUCGAAGUUCCAUUCACAAAACUACAGUAUUUUUUGAUAUGGGCUAAAUUUGGUUUGGGUUUCUAACCCCAGGAAUAGUUAGAUAUCUCCAACUUAUCACAUUUCAUGUUAUUGCAAUGUUUAUCAUUUGGUGGUCCCUUCCUUGACUCAGGACUUGUUUCUACUAGUUUUUCCACAUAAAGACACUGAAAUUCUUGCCCAUUUUGCUUUGCAAUAAAACUAGUCAGUUAGAGAAAGUGUGAACAUCUAUGUGUCUAUCUAUGAAAAAAGGCAUAAUUAAUAACGUCAGGAGCCACCAUUUGAGAAGGAGGGAUUGUAGUGACGUCACCAAAUAUUAAAACAGGUAUGUAUCAAACUCCCAUCAAAGCUAGAGCCCAGACUGCCACGCCAGAACAAGAGGUAAGUAAUUUUUUUAUUUGGAUAACAUCUGUUGGAUUAUAAUUGAAAUGAACUUUAUGAAGGAGUAAACAAAAAUAUAUCUUUUAUCUUUUAUUCUUGUAAAAUUUUUGAAUUGUGUCAUUUAAACGUUUUUUCUUCUUUAAAAGUAAUGAAUUAUUUUGUCUGACAGAAAACACUAUCGGACAAGUGUCAGAUUAUCUGCGUUUGGUCCAGAGGAAAUGGUCCCGGUUCUCUUUAACCUGACCCUGGCCAUUGUGUUUGUUCUGACCUGCAUGUCAGCGGUCCCGCUGCGGGGCCACAAGCCGCCGCAGGUGGACCCGCUGACGGCCCACCGGACCGACCCGCAGUGCUGGGACUCCUCCUCGGCUCUGCUGCUAGACAUGCGGUCUCCGAGGAUAGCCGACACGGUCCCCGCCUUCUGGGACCUGAUGGGGACCCUCCGGUCCUCAGAGGACGGGAAACACGCGGCGCUGUUCUGGGACCUGGCCCGGGUCUUUUGGGAGAUCUACGUGGAAUGCGUGAUGUCCAGGAGCCACGGCAUGGGGAGGAGACACAUCACCUCUGUGCACUCCCUGAUUACUGACAAGUCCUUCAGGUUCAACAGCUCGAGAGCUAACUCCUGGACAAAGCUCACAGUCAGAGUGAGACGCAGAGGACACAUCACCAGACUGAAGACCGAACCCAAAUAAAACACAACACAAAUGUCUCUGAGGGUUCCAGCUGGGCAGCUUUUGUUUUUAUUUCAGCCCCUCUUUGUGAUGCCCCUCUCAUCAGUUAAAAGAAAAUGUUGUAUGGAUAUUAAUAUUAUUCUUUUACAUUCCUUAAUAUUGUUACUUUUUUAU